CAUGAGCAGAGGGAUGGCACAGUGACAAAUACAGCCAAGGGGGAGGCCUGUACAGUGGAGCUAAACACUGGAUAUCUGGACUGAUGUACACCAUGUUAUAGGAAAUGCGAGGCUUGGAUGACACAGGAGUUGCUGUGCGUGUGCGCGGCAUGGCAGAAUGAGCGCUGCUGGGAUAUGGACGUGCCGGUAGACCUCGGGGACAGCUGUGGCAUUCCCUGGGUGAGAAACUGACGUAGUGGGAGGACCUUUGUGGUUCCUCUGUCUUUCCAGCCCCAGCCUAACCAUGAAUGUGGCCCUCCUGGCCCUAAGACUGAUGUGCUUGGCCUGGCUGUGGCCUGUCACCCAGCUCAGCAGCCACCACUUCCCAAACAAGAGGAGACACAAGGCGUUAUAUCUUGGAGAGAACACCAAGCCAAAACAUGGAGGACGGGUGGACGUGAAGAUGAAAAAGAUGGACAGCACCAAGUCCAUGCUAAUUAAAUCUGAGCAGCUGCUUCGUAUCGACGACCAUGAUUUUGCAAUGCGGCCAGGCUUCGGAGGUUCAGCUAUUCCUGUUGGCAUAGACGUCCAGGUGGAGAGCAUUGACAGUAUAUCUGAAGUGAACAUGGAUUUCACCAUGACCUUGUACUUGAGGCACUACUGGCAGGACGAUCGGCUGGCCUUCCCCUCCAGCAGCAACAAGAGUCGCACCUUCGACGCCCGUCUGGUGAAGAAGAUUUGGGUUCCUGACGUGUUCUUCGUCCACUCAAAGCGCUCUUUCAUCCAUGACACAACCAUGGAGAACAUCAUGCUGAGGGUUUAUCCUGAUGGGAAUAUCCUCUAUAGUGUCAGGAUCACUGUGACUGCUCUUUGUUCAAUGGACUUCAGUAGUUUCCCACUGGACACACAGAAUUGUUCUCUGGAGCUGGAGAGCUGCUGGUAUAAUCGGCUCUACAUAAACUUCAUUCUCAGGAGGCACAUCUUCUUCUUCAUGCUCCAGACGUAUUUUCCUACCAUGCUGAUGGUGAUGCUGUCCUGGGUGUCCUUCUGGAUAGACAGGAGGGCCGUGCCUGCCCGUGUUUCUCUGGGCAUCACCACAGUCCUGACAAUGUCCACCAUCAUCACUGGUGUCUCAGCCUCUAUGCCGCAGGUGUCUUAUGUCAAAGCCGUAGACAUCUACCUGUGGGCUAGCUUCCUCUUUGUCUUCUUGUCUGUGAUUGAGUACGCUGCCGUCAACUAUUUCACCACCGUGGAGGAGAUGAAGAAGCUCAAGGGGGCAAAGGUCCCUGCUUCCUUCAGUGCCACCCAGGCUAUGGCCUAUGAUGGGUGUUUCCACGACAACGACAUUGACCUGGCCUCUUUUCCAGAGGUCAGCAGCACGCCCAACACAGAGGGGGCCAUCCCGUCCAGGAACUCCACUGUUGACUCCCCACCCACGGAGGGCACCCGGCUGCGUCGCAAGCACCCGCUGAAGCAAAACCUCAGCUUCAUCAUGAGCAACAGCUACAUGAUCGACUCCUACUCCAGAGUCAUAUUUCCCAUGGCGUACCUGAUUUUCAACAUCAUUUACUGGAGCUUGUAUGCGUAGAGCAUACAUGCAACUCUUUGCUGUGCAGCGGAAUAUACUUUUUUCUUGGCUGUGCAGAAAAACAUCAAACAGGCUGCAAUAACGCACUCAUGUUCUCUACCAAAUCUGCUGACCUAUCGAAUAUGACCUUAACUUGUGCACACUGCCCAUCACUGUGCACUGAUAUCUUGCAUCUUCCUGACAUCGUCGGUCAAGAAGACCACGGCUGUAACUUGGAGAAAGUCUAGGUUCAAAUGUUGCAGCGUAAUCCUACCUAAAUGCAUUGCACUGGCUAUUAUUUUGUGUGUGUUUGUGUGUGUUCCAGGCUGUGUGUGUGUUUUAUAACAGACAAAACAGAGUCUUAACCAAAAUAUAUGUACAUUUCUAGAUUAUUAUUUUAUGGAUAGAUUAGAUACAUAGUAACUAAUUGUAUAAUUAUUGCAAAAACCUGUUGAAAAAUAAACAUAAACUGUUAAAAGAGUG